ACAAUGUACAUUGGCUUUUAAUUUUUGCGCAUUUCAAUUUAUCAUGGCCGGGUGAACAAGUGAGCGAGUGGACAAACAUUAAAACACGCCUGGCGAUUGCUGUUCGUUGCUGAAUGACCGCUGCCAAUCCAAUUAGUUGUGGACAGUGCAAACAAGCAGCGUCCAGCAGCUUCGUCGUCUAUACUCUCUCUCUUCGCUUCGCAUGUGGCUGCCGGGCAAUAAAAAUGAAAACAACAACAACGACAAAUAAUAAUGGCGGCAGCAGCAGCUACAGCAACAACGACAACAGCACAAGGCUCAGGAGGAAAAGAACCAGAGCGUGAGAAGAGAAGAGGAAGCAACUGAAAAUAUCUCUCAGCUGACGGUGUAACAAAGGCGAUAAACGAUUAACGAUUAACGAUUAAAGUGCGCAGCCAACGAUUAUCGCUGCAGUCCAAAAAUGUCGCUGCAGCAAAGCGUUCAACCAGGCAAAUGCCAAACGGAUGUCAAUAAGCGACAGCAGCAGCAGCAACAACAACAGAUGCAACAGCAGCAGGCACAACAACAACAACAACAGCAGCGACAGCGACAGUCAACGCAGCUGAUGCCGGUGAUGUUAAUGCUGCUGAUGCUGACGUUGCUCACGCGUCCAUUGAGCGCCUACUCGAACCUUAACAAGUCGAAGCACAUUUUCUCUGGUCUGUCGGAUACCAAACUGCACGAGAUCUAUCUCGACGACAAGGAGAUCAAGCUAAGCUGGAUGGUCGAUUGGUACAAGCAGGAGGUGCUCUUCCAUUUGCAGAACGCAUUCAACGAGCAGCAUCGUUGGUUCUAUUUGGGCUUCUCGAAGCGCGGCAGUCUCGCCGAUGCGGACAUUUGUUUCUUUGAGAAUCAGAAUGGCUUCUUCAAUGUGGUCACCGACACCUACACCAGUCCCGAUGGUCAUUGGGUGCGCAAGGAUUACCAGCAGGACUGCGAAGUCUUCAAAAUGGAUGAGUUCACCUUGGCUUUUAAGCGCAAAUUCGAUACCUGUGAUCCGCUCGAUCUGCGGCUUCAUGAGGGCACCAUGUAUGUGGUUUGGGCUCGUGGCGAAUCUGAGCUGGCCCUAGAGGAUCAUCAGUUUGCGCUGCCCAAUGUGACGGCACCGCAUGAGGCUGGUCUCAAGAUGUUGCAAUUGUUGCGUGCCGAUAAGAUUCUGAUACCCGAAAGCGACUUGAAUCAAAUCGAAAUCACAUUGGAGCAGGCUCCAGUUCCAGUGCGUGAAACAACGUAUUGGUGUCAUGUCCAGCGACUCGACGAUGUGACAAAGCAGCGACUGCACAUUGUGCAAUUCGAGCCAAUCAUUAAAACACCGGGCAUCGUCCAUCACAUGGAGGUCUUUCACUGCGAGACGGAUCCGCAUGUGGAGAUACCACUAUAUAACGGUGACUGCGAGCAGCUGCCCGCCGAGGCGAAAGUCUGCUCGAAGGUGAUGGCAUUGUGGGCCAUGGGGGCGAGCACAUUUACGUAUCCACCAGAGGCUGGCCUGCCAAUCGGUGGUGAUGGCUAUAAUCCCUAUGUGCGACUCGAGGUGCACUUCAAUAAUCCCGAACUCCAGACAGGUCUCGUGGAUAGCUCGGGCUUUCGCAUUAAAUUGUCAAAGACGCUGCGUCAAUACGACGCCGGCGUGAUGGAACUGGGCCUGGAAUAUACCGAUAAAAUGGCCAUACCACCAGGACAAACGGCCUUCCCGCUGAGCGGCUACUGUGUCGCCGAUUGCACACGGUCUGCGUUGCCGAGGACGGGCAUCAUCAUCUUUGGAUCGCAGCUGCACACGCAUUUGCGUGGCGUUCGCGUCCUCACGCGACACUUUCGCGGCGAACAGGAGUUGCGCGAGGUGAAUCGCGAUGAUUACUAUUCGAAUCAUUUCCAGGAAAUGCGCACGCUGCAUUACAAGCCACGCGUUUUGCCGGGCGACGCAUUGGUCACCACAUGCUAUUAUAAUACGCUUGCCGAUGCAAAUGCCACGCUUGGGGGAUUCUCCAUCAGCGAUGAGAUGUGCGUCAACUAUAUACACUACUAUCCGGCCACCAAGUUGGAGGUGUGCAAGAGUUCCGUUUCGGAGGAGACGCUUGAGAAUUAUUUCAUCUACAUGAAACGGAAGGAGCAUCAGCAUGGCAUCCACUUGAACGGGGCACGUUCGGUGAAUUAUCACAGCAUCGAGUGGACACAGCCGAGGAUUGACCAGCUGUAUACGAUGUACAUCCAGGAGCCGCUUAGCAUGCAAUGCAAUAGAUCGGAUGGCCAGAGGUUUGAGGGUCACAACUGGGAGGGCGUUGCGACGACGCCAGUGCAAAUCAAAAUACCCAUCCAUCGCAAAUUGUGCCCCAACUACAAUCCGCUCUGGCUGAAGCCAUUAGAGAAGGGCGAGUGCGAUUUGCUUGGCGAAUGCAUCUACUAGAAUGUGAAUUGGAAUCGGAAUCGGGAUGCGAAUGCGAAUGCAAGUGUGGCAAAUGCGAAUGCGAACUACGGAUUGCAAUUGUAAUGGAUUAGAUUGCAUUUGUGUUGUGGGUCACGAGACGGGGCGGGCAGAAAAUUAAAGGGGGUACACACACACACGCACACUGAGUUGUAACUGUGGAUUUACACGCUGUUUUUGCCGCUUCUGAUUUCCACUUUCUUGCUAUAUAUAUUUUUUUUUUGGUGUGUGGUGAAUUUGCUACGAAAGUGGAAACGUAGAAACUUGGCAAA